GCGCAUCAUUCAUUCGUUCAUAAAACGUGAACGCGAGUCGUGGAAACAUGUCUGCCGUUUGUGUUAUUUGACGUAAAUAGUGGUAAAAAUUAAAUUCUACUCGUAUUUAGUAGUGAUUUUUGGUGCUAUCUCAGUUUUAUAAUGUGUGUGGUUGUGCAGUGAGUCGUUCAUAUGAGGCUGCUAUACAAAACUGGUCCAAUGGAGUCGCUGCGAAAGUGGUUCUAUAAACCAAAGAGGGACGACCGGUCCUUGCUGGCCCAGUUCUUCUACGCCGACGACGCUCUGAACAUGGUCGCGGCGGAGUUGGACUCGUUCGACGGCCGCAAGGACCCCGAGAGGUGUUCCACCCUCGUGAACCAGCUUAGGCAUGCGCAGGACCGAGUGCUGAACAUCACAAGCCAGAUCAUGGACCAGUUGUUGGGCGACGAGCGGGUGGCGCGGGGUUUCCGGGUCAAGUUUCCCGAGGACGUGCUGCAGGACAACCUGGCUGGCCAGUUGUGGUUUGGGGCCGAAUGCUUAGCAGCGGGCUCUUCCAUAAUGAAUCGCGAAGAGGAAUCGGCUGCUAUGCGGCCGCUGGCCAAGGCGCUCACUCGCAGCCUGGAGACAGUUCGCUCGCUGCUCCGCGAGCAGUGCCUGAGGCCGCGCGGGCUCGCGCUGUCGCAGCACGACGACAUGCUGCACGAGAGCUUGAGGAUAUUCGACAGACUAUUCGCCGAGUUCGAGCUGUGCUACGUCAGCGCCAUGGUGAACGUGAAGACGCCGCACGAGUUCGAAGCGCAGCAGCUCAUCUGUGUUCUGUUCUCUGAGAGUCUUAGGAGGGCAUUGAAGCAGAACCUUUUGACUCAGGAACAGGUGGAUUCGUACGAUCCUGCGCUCAUGUUCGCCGUGCCUCGCUUGGCGAUAGUCAGUGGCCUGCUCAUCUACUCCAGUGGUCCGCUUAGCAUAGACAAACUGCCAGAGGAGAUGUCAGACAUGUUCCGUCCCUUUCGCACGCUGUUACACAAGAUCCGAUCUCUCUUGUGGACGCUCGACCGGCGAGAGUUGAUGGCGCUGGAACGACUGUUGUGCACCAACGAAGACAUCUCUAACUUGUCUGCAUUUGAGUUGACUGGAGGGGACGAUGCAGAGGGAGACACGUCAUACCCCGACAUCGGGGAAUUUGUGUCGCGGUUCUAUGCAGACCACGCGCAUUGCAGAGAACUGUAUACGCAAAGCUCAAGCGAACCAACGAUAACCGACGGCGACUAUCUGCCCGACAACAUUGAAGUCAUGACGCCCAUCAUCGACGGACUCCGGCGCCUCUCGCACGCCGAGCCCGGGCCCCCCGUGCCCCCCCGGCCCCCCCAGGCCCCCCAAGCUCCCCCUACACGCCUAAGAGACGACCUAUCCUCCAUGAGAAGCCUCUCAACGCUAGACAGCACGGAAGAACUAGAAACGACGAAAUCCAGAGACGAUUUGGCAUCAACCACUGUGACGACGGACAGCGAAGAUUACGCGGAACGAACCAGAAAACCCAGCAGCGAAAUGUCUUUAAGAAUACCAGAGGGCAGCGAUCUGGCUUCUCUAAGAAACUUGUCGACGAAUGGGCUACUACAAAUGUUCGAUCCGCUAGUCAUAAAUGCGGCUGCAUCUACUUCCACCGACAGACAGUUACCCGACCACGAUUUGGUGACCUCAUUGAAUGAGCAAGUCACCGAAAUAGCGGAUAGAUUAUCUUCAAUAAUGGCCAACGACGUCGACGUUGACCAUAACCAGAAACACUCGUUCUCAACCAACGAUGUACCGACAUUAAUAAAUGACACAGAAGCGUACGGAUUCUCCGGACCCAGGAACGAACAGCUGAGUUGUUUGCCCUCUACAAGUCAUGGGUAUCUCAUACCGAAUGCGAUAAGCCAUGAGCCUGUAGUGAUGUCUCUCUCCCACAACAAUUCAGCUGUGUUCAGCCAAGACGAUGAGAGUCACGACGCGAAUGCAAUACACAACUCAGAUCUCCCCCUAAUAAUUCCAGAUAAUAUAGACACGGAUAUUGUAAAUACUAACAUUUCUAUCGCUAACGCUAAUUUAAGUUCUUUACUACUAACCAACGAAGAGAUGAGGCAGAGUUUGAUUGACGAAAGUAACGAUGACAAUACGAGUUUCCACUCGGCUAAAAUGACAUUAGAUAGGGAAGACGACGAAAGGGUUAAGUUCAUGUUAGGAUACGAAAGUGACCACGAAUCGCCCGUCGAUUCCGGUGUCAGCACAGAAAACACAAGCCUAGAUAGAUCUCCAGACACAGACCAGAGUAAAGACAUAAAGGAGUCAUUCAUGCAACAGAACAGGGUUUUAGAGAGUCCAGAUGAGAAAGACACCAAAAACACACUAGAAAGUUCCUUUUCAGAUGUAAAUAAUACUGUAAAUAUAAAUUACGUUGAGGAUGAUUCGCAGAAGAACGAAGCCGGGUCGUCGAGUAUAGUUAUAAAUAGGUUAAGUGAGGAGGAGGGGUCGAGUGAGGCGACGAAUUCAAAAUUACAAGACUGGGGCGCGAACGCUAGCACAGAAGAAUUUAGGAGUAUAGACGAGGUGAUAACGGAGUUAAGAAGACAAAGGGAGUCUGAUAUGAAGAUUAGUUCGCUAGUGGAAGACAAUAGUAGCGCGGUGCCGUCACAGAGUACGUCUAGAACGAAAAAGAGGAAAGGAACCAAGGCUAAGAGAAAGAAGAAGAUGUGGUCGCCUGGUAUGGUGAUACUGGAUAACCGGUCGUCGCAGAAUCAGAAUCCUCUUAGGUUGAACUUGGACCAUUUUGUGGACGAAAGCGGCAGCAUGUGCGACGCGUCGGAGUGCGCGGACGACGAGCAGAUCGCGCUCGCGCUGCAGGCGCAGGAGCUGGCGGCGCGGCAGCAGGCGCGCGGCAAGUUCAAGUCAAGCGAAGAUCUCAUCCACCGCUUAUUCGUGUGCAUUGCGGGCGUCGCCGACCAGCUCCAAACCAACUUCGCGGCGGAUCUCAGGAACAUCCUCAAGUCGGUGUUCCUCAUGAACCAGACGCCCGACCCGCCGGAGCCCCCGCCUCCCAUAGAGGAGAGCGAGGAUAAACCGCCGGCGUUGGAGUACCAUCCUACGGAGGAACAGGUCAUACAGAAUGGCAGCUCAUUCGACAGCGUGUACUCAGCCGAAGAAGUGUACGCGGACAGCACAUCAGACUCGGGCGCGUCGGAGGCGGGCUCGCGGCGCCGCAACACCGUGAGCGCGCGGCCGCCGCCCGACCACCCGCCGCUGCAGGCCUCGGCGUCCACCGGCGACCUCAGCUGCAGGGACAGAGAAGACCGGCGUCCGGCGGCGGCGGGCGGCGUGGAGCGCGCGCCGGAGUGGGUGCCGGACAUCGCGGCGCCGGCCUGCAUGCGCUGCUCGGCGCANAAACGGGGAAAGUUACAGGUUUGA